GUCAAGUUAGGGUCUUCCUAAACGCCCAUGUGUCAUGGCCACUCAUCAACAAUUUCAGUUAUGCCAUCAGAACUGGAUGGCUCAACAGAAGGUCGACCUCGAUGAACUACUCCAAGGGCUAACCAACUUCCCUACCGAUCUCGACUACCUCCAACUCAUAACUAGAAAAGCCAUCAAUCACUUUGAAAACUACCACACCGUUCGAGCCCAACUGGCCAAACACGAUGGGCUUUCCUUCUUGGCUCCAACUUGGAGGACCACCUUUGAGAACUCGUCUCUUUGGAUCGGUGGUUGCAGGCCUUCCUUAAUCAUCCGACUUGUUUAUGUCUUAUGCGGGUCCCAAAUAAACGCACACUUGGUUGAGUUUCUUGAUGGUGUCACACGAGGAAACCUAGGAGAUUUAUCAAACUCUCAGCUCAAAAGCGUAGAUGCUCUCCAUAUUAAAACUAUUAAAGAGGAAGAUAAGCUCACUUCGGUUUUGGCAAGCGUACAGGAGAAGGUAGCAGAUGAGCCACUAGCGUUGCUAGCAUACAACUGUAAAAAAGUAGGGGAGUCAAGCCAGGGAGAGGCUGUGGAUAAAGCAAUGGACACUCAUGCCUUUGAUGUGUACAAGAUCAUAAUGGAAGCAGACAAGCUGAGGUUGGAUACCCUUAAGUGUAUGAUAGACAUUUUGACACCAUUGCAGGCAGUGGAGCUUCUAGUGGUGUCAAAAAAACUAAACCUGUGUUUACACGAGUGGGGCAAAAGACGGGACAUCCAAAUGGGGAUUACACAACUUCUAAAUACACAAAUUCCUUCAACCUCUCGUGACCCGCCAUCGGAGUCAAAGCCAUGAACCCGAGAGUAUCGGUGACUUGGUGAUGGUAGUUUAAAUAAGUGUGGUGCAUGUCGGCAUAUGUAAAAAUGUUUGUUUUUGUUUUUGCGACGUUGAAGGUAGCUAGCUAAAAGACCAGUUUAUAAAGUAGGUUUGUAAUAAGUAAAGCAAUCUACGGUUUAAUCAGAAACAUAUUUCAGGGAAAGAAAG